UGAACAGUUUCCAAAACUGAAAACUCAAAAGCCACAAUGAAGUUCGUCCUCAGUUUCUUGCUGCUCGCUGUAGCCCUCAUGGUGGCCGUAGACGCUUCACCAUACAGACCACCAGUCCAGAGGCCCAACCCGAACGCACCCAAAGUGCCCUCUUUCCCUGGUCAAGGAACUUGGAGUGGCAGACCUCGUCGCUCACCUCAGAAGAACGGCCAAGUCGAAAUCAACGCCAAGAAGGAAGGUGGAAAGACUUCCUGGAACGUGGAAGGCAAGCAUAAGGUCUGGGGUAACGAGCACGGCAGCAUUCACGUCAGCGGCGGUGCCAACAAGCAGCCCGGUGGCAAGCCCCAAGGACAGGUCGGCAUUGGCGGAUCCUUCCACUGGGGAAAAUAAAUUGACACUAAUUUAGUCAACAAAAUAUUGCAAUUUACUAUAAGCACUAUCAACUGAACAUGUUCCUUGUAUAUUUUAAGCCUUAUUCAUAAGAAUUUAGAAGUUGUAAGCAUGAUUGCCAACAGUACUUAAUUCAAAAAUAUAUUUCAUAUCACUGCAUAAAAAA